AUGCUUGUUCUCAUCGCAGGUAUUACAGGCAGCCUUGGGCAGCGGCUAGCCUCGAAUGCCCUCUCGCGAGGUUUAUCUGUUCGAGGACUUGGUCGAGAUGCCACGAAACUUCAGCCGAGCAUAUCCAAGGAGCUUGAGUCGUUUGUGACCAGCACCAGCUGCUACGACCUCGAUGCACUUGACCAAGCCGUCCAGGGGGUCGACGGGAUCAUUUGCUGCUACGCGCCCAACCCGGUUCUUAACCUCGAUGGCGCCCUGCUACUUCUUCGCGCUGCUGAGAAGGCUGGAGUAAAGGUGUUUGUUGCCCCGUCGUGGAACAAUGACUGGACCAAGAUCAAUUUCGGAGACUUUACCCACUACGACACACACAUCGCCUUUGAGCAGCACGCUGCGGUGACGAGCUCCAUCCGCCCCGUCUACUUGUUCACAGGUGUCUUUUCCGACCUUCUCCUGACCAAUUAUGGCCCGGGGUCAUUCACCCUGGACGACCAAGGCAAGGCCACACUUCAAUAUUGGGCAGAUGGGAACACUCGUAAGACAUCGUGGUCAUCCCAAGAUGAUGUCGCCGCCUGGACGAUUGAGAUUUUCCUCAACGGAGAGGGCGUCCAGGAGGGCAAGGGCGGGUUCUUCCGGUUUCGCUCUGGAGAAAUUAGCAUGGAAGAGCUUGCGGAUGCAUAUAGCCGCGUCUCUGGUCGUGAAAUUGAGGUCAAGAGCGUGGGAAGCUUGGAGGACCUUGAGAGGGACUUGGCCCGUCUCCGUCUCCAACAUGGGAGAACCAAACACUGGGAAUAUUCAAAGCAAGCUGUGGCGCUCCUUGAUCUCAAAGGGAGCUGGAAACUUGAUGCGGAUGAAUUGACCGUUUUGGACCAUAUUAAGAAGCCAAGGACUUUGGAGGAGUGUCUAAAGGAGCAUCUGAAGUUGGCAUGA